AAUCACACUUCGAAGAGGAUGAUGCCUUUCUAUUAUCGGUUGGUUUUUAUGAUGUUCCCUGCAUUUUUUCCUGCUUUCAAAAUAUGAACAAGACGUUUAGGUCAAAGACGUUGCAUUUAUGUAUUAAAUAAUUAAAUGCAAUUUGCAUGGUGGCUAGCUCUUAGAAGCUAGGAAGCAAUGGGACGUGGACAAUAUAAUUAGUUGGGCAGGUUAGCUUAUUGGUAGCUAACUCAGCUAUGCCGUGUACUGACUAAACCCGAAAAGUAGUGAAGAAAAGCUUGCUGCAACUUACAGAAUGGAAUUAUCACACCAUUAAUACAGUCAGCCAUCUUCUACCGCUUCUGCCAUCGCGGGGAAGCUGGUGCCUAUCUCCAGCAGUCUAUGGGCGGGAGGCGGGGUACACCCUGGACAGGUGUUGCUGGUCAUGUACCCAUGGACAGAACGGCCUUUGAGGGGUGGCUGGAGUCAGUCUCUGCCACUUUCCUUUCUCUUAAUGACCAGCAGCGCAACCAGUGUCUGGAUCAGCUCAUAUCUCUGAGCGGCGCUGCCCAGCUCCGUCACCUGUCUAAUGGCCUGGAGACGCUGCUGAAACGGGACUUCCUGCGCCUCCUUCCUCUUGAGCUGGCCUUCUACCUUCUGCGGUGGCUGGAUCCUCAGACCCUGCUCACCUGCUGUUUGGUCUGCAAACAAUGGAAUAAGGUGAUAAGCUCAUGCACAGAGGUGUGGCAGAGUGUGUGUCGGGAACUAGGCUGGCGAAUCGAUGAAUCCAUUCAGGAUGCAACCCACUGGAAGGGGGUCUACUUAAAGGCUAAACUGCGUAUGAUACAGCUGAAGGACCAGGAGGCCUUUGAGACAUCAUCACUGAUUGGUCACAGCGCCCGGGUAUACGCCCUGUAUUAUAAGGAUGGCCUACUCUGCACAGGGUCUGAUGACCUUUCUGCCAAAUUAUGGGAUGUGCGAACCGGACAGUGCAUUUAUGGAAUCCAGACACACACGUGUGCCACUGUAAAAUUUGAUGAACAGAAGCUGGUGACCGGGUCCUUUGAUAACACUAUUGCAUGCUGGGAAUGGAGCACAGGGGCUAAAAUCCAGCAGUUUCGGGGCCACACAGGAGCCGUCUUCAGUGUGGACUACAACGAUGAACUGGAUGUGCUGGUCAGUGGUUCUGCAGAUUUUACAGUAAAGGUCUGGUCUCUGUCUGCUGGUGCCUGUCUCAACACUCUGACUGGACACACCGAGUGGGUCACUAAGGUCAUAUUGCAGAGGAGUGAAGUAGAAUCGAUGGUACACAGUCCUGGCGAUUAUAUCCUGUUAAGUGCUGAUAAAUAUGAAAUCAAGGUUUGGCCUUUAGGCAGAGAAAUCAACUGUAAGUGUUUGAAGACACUGUCUGUGUCAGAGGACCGCAGCAUCAGCCUCCAGCCUCGUCUGCAGUUUGAUGGACGUCACAUUGUCUGCAGCUCUGACCUCGGUGUUUAUCAGUGGGACUUUUCCAGUUUUGAAAUUCUCAGAGUAAUAAAGAUGGAGGACCCAGCCAAUCUGUCCCUGCUAAGCUUCGGGGAGGUGUUUGCGCUCCUCUUUGACAACUGCUUCCUGUAUGUCAUGGACCUGAGGACAGAGUCUAUCUCAGGCCGCUGGCCUCUGCCAGCCUACAGAAAAUCAAAACGCGGAUCCAGCUUCCUGGCAGGUGUUACUUCCUGGUUGAAUGGCCUGGAUGGAGGCAAUGAUUCUGGACUGGUCUUCGCCACCAGCAUGCCCGACCAUAGCAUUCACUUAGUUCUAUGGAAGGAGAAUGGGUAGUAAAACAGUGAGGUCACAUUGUGGACAUUUGGCCUGUGAGCUCCCACCACGUUCUCUAAAAUAUAAAACUGCCAAGAAAGAUCAUCCAUGGACCAAAGCAUGUUGUCUUCACCUGUUUUUUCCUCAUCAUUCAAGUCCUCUAGAUCUUUACAUGAACAUUAUCCGAUGGAAACUGAAGGCCAGCUAAGAACUGAGGUGAAGUGGUUACUUUUGUGCAAGAAAUGAAUCAGGGCCUGUUUAGAAAAACUUCCAUGAAGCCAAACGACAAUGACCAAGAAAGCAGAAAAAACAUUCUGGUAACCUAAACAUCACUACGUUCUGUAAUAUACUGUAAAUGUGUAAAAAUACAGGAUUAAUGCAGUUUUGCUCUUUGCCAGUGAGAACAUCUGUAGCUGACUAUGGUUGCCAUGUCUGUCACUGAGCUGACUCCAUGAACAGGAGCAGGGUUGCCUUAAACACACCAGUGUUAAAGAGGACCGCGUUUGUUUUCAGACGGUGACGUAUGAAGACACGAAGGUUUUUGAAGUUCACACCAGGUGUUGUACCGACAGCGGAGGAGUGGUGCGGUGUACCAUGUAAAACACUGUAACGCAACUCUGUUUAUCUUAAGGAUAUCUGGUUUAAAUGUGACGUGCCUUUCAGUUCGUUUCGAUAGCUCCAGCAGACUCCAGUUAGGAAGUGACUGUAGGAUUUUUCAUAUUCACACAGACACCUGUACAUUUAUGGCUAUAUUCUGCAUAUUUCUUGCUCAGUUUUUUUGAAUGGACUGUGUUAAACUCAUUGUGAAAGGCCACAGAAAAGAAAGUGGUUCUGAAUGAAUUUAGUUGGGUCAAACAAUUCUUUUUGAAUUGGUUAUUUAAAUGUAACACCACCUCAAUAGUUUACAGUAGUCUUUAAAUUGACCUGAUCGUCCCUUCAGCACUUAAAUCAGGUAAUCAAAACAAGUGUGACUUGUAUGUAUGAUAAGACUUAAGAAGCAAGGUAAACUGUUGGAAAUAUUUCUAGGUUUAAUAUAUUUACUUCUAAGUACGUAGUGUUUAAGUUUUGUCACACAAUGUUUGAGUCACCUUAUAUCUGCUUCAUUCUUUCCAAUAAAAAUAGUAGUAAAAGUCA